AUGUCCACCGCCGAUCUCGUCUACCCGCCGCCCAACCUACCGCCGGCAUCCGCACUCCGGCUUUCCCAAUCCGCUCCGCGCAUUCUCUCGACAUCAACGACUUCGUCCCUACCAUGGCCGCUUUCCCUGCUCACGUCAAGAGAGACGCAAGAGACAUGGGCAUCCCACGAAAACCUCCUGCUGUCCUGCCUGCGCACAGGCGACGACAAGUCCGCGCGCCAAUGCCUUGACAGGCUAAAGGCUCGCUUCGGCGAAGAUAACCAGCGCGUCGUCGCCCUGCGCUUUCUGUACGAGGCUGCCGUCGCUGAAGACAAAGACCUGCGCCGCAUCCUGGAGGACCUGGAGCGUGUAUUGAAAGAGGAUCCCACGAGUCUGCCGCUCCGUAAGCGCAAGGUCGCCCUCCUCCGCUCCAUGGGCCGCACCGCUGAGGCCAUCUCUGCGCUCGUCGACCUCCUCGACUUCUCGCCCACGGAUGCCGAGUCCUGGGCCGAGCUCUCGGACCUCUACCUCAGCCAGAGCAUGUACUCGCAAGCUAUCUUCAGCCUUGAGGAAGUCCUCGUCAUCACGCCUUUUGCAUGGAACGUGCACGCGCGAAUGGGCGAGCUGCUCUACAUUUCGGCCACAGCCGCGAACAAUAUGGACGGCAAUGUGCUUAGGAAUCUGAGCGAGAGCUUGAGACGGUUUUGCCGCAGCGUAGAGCUGUGCGACAAUUACCUGCGUGGCUAUUAUGGACUUAAGCUUACGGCCAAGAAGCUCCUCGAGUCUCUGCCGAAGGCCUCUAACAAGCAAGCCGUUACCGACACGGCUGGCGAUAUUGCGCCCCCGUCUGUUGCAACUGUUGAAAAGCUGCAUGAGCUGGCAACGGCCAAGCUUGCUGAGAUCGUGCGGCGCAGCGGGUCGGGUGAGGCUGGCUGGGACUACGAUCAGUCUGAGCUGAUCAGCGCACGGGAACUUCUGGACCGAGACACGCAGGUGGUGCUGAAGUGA